GUUGUUGCUUUGUGAUACACGGAACAUACAUUUGUAUGAAAUGUCAAAGCACUGUUUUAAAAUAUUGAAUAGAAGGGGUUUAGUACUUUUUUGUAGGUCAUACGCUUUGAUAUAAUAGCAUUCAACUAUUUAUACUGUUGAAACAUUUAUACUUAGAAUUAUUUGUACUUUAAUCAUUUAAAAAAUCAGAAUACUUAUAUAUGUGUGUGUGUGUGUGUAUUUUCAGUAAAAUAGAUUUCUUUUGAAACUGAGCAUAAGGUUAAUUGUGCACUAUUUGGCAACUAGAAUUGUACCGUAGUGCUUUAAAUGCAAGUCUGUGAAAUGUAGUCGGUCCCUGAUUAUUAGACUUCCUGGGGGGAGGGCACUGACAUGCUUUUCGUCAGCUGCUUCAUUCAUGUUUUUGUGUAAUAAGACAAGAGUAGCAGAUGAAAUAGUGCACUUGUGAUACCAUCGUAACAGCAGUAUGUCACUGUCUGCUAAUGAGGAAAGCAUUUAAAAAGGGCAUUGAAACUUAUAGGCAAUAAGUGCUAUUGAGCAGCCUUAUCAUAUCAAGUGGCCCUUGUUAUUGUGAUCGUAGCCUUUUUUCUACUUGAACUUACUAUUUUUAUACUAGUUAACUUAACAUAUGCCAGCCCUCAGUUCUUUGGACUAAGCAAAAAGUGCCUUUAAAAGCUCUUAAAGUCAUUGAAAUAGUUGUUCAACCUUCUCCGUCCUCUUGAUUGAAAGAGCUGUGUCAGAAAAUGACCACAUCUUCCUUCUGCAAUGGAUCAGAAAUAUUUUCUUUUGGUGAAUUGGACUCCUCUGAUUUGAGAUACCCUGAUGUUGAGCUGAGCGGGUCUGAUUCACUUGCACCACAAAACAUCUUAAAAGCUGGAUUAGAUCUAAGUACAAGAAAGAAGUAUGCAUUUGCAAAAAAGAAGGCAUUUGCACUUUUUGUCCAAAAUUUGCAGACAACAUCUAAUUUGCUUCCAUCAGCCUAUGAAAAUGUUGUUCGGUGGAAAUGCUGCGAGCGUGAGUUUACAGAUCUUCCAUCUAUUCACAAACAUGUUGCAGCACACCACAAAGAUGAAAUUCUGCAACAAACAAGGCAUAUUUUAGAAGAAUUGGUUAUAGAGUCUGAAACCACUGUGCCAUGUAGUGACAAUGCUGGUGCUUCAGUAGUCACACAUUGGAACAAAUGUGAGAUUUCUUACUGGCUUCCAGAUAUCUCUAAAUAUAGUCAAGAGGACCUCACAAGCGAACCAGGAGAAGUGCUUUUAUAUUACUGCUACUGUGAUGUUAAGGACUCACAAUGGAUCUGCAACUGGCAAAGGGCUUUGUGUCAACUUCUGCACCUCACAGGCAAAAUUCGAAUUGCUACAGAAGGAAUAAAUGGAACCGUGGGUGGAAGUAAAGUGUCCACAAAACUUUACAUUAAUACUAUGCUCUCACACCCACUUUUCAGAAACCUUAUGAGCUUGGACGACUUCAAGACAAGUGAAGGAGGAGCACAAUGUUUUCCUGAUCUCCGAGUUGGUGUUUUUCAAGAAAUUGUGCCAAUGGGGAUUGAGCCACAUAGAGUUUCCUACAAAGAAACUGCAACACAUCUACCCCCAGAGACGUUUCAUGAAGAAGUGGGAAAGUUUUUAGCAAAAGAAGAGAGUGACACUAUUUUAUUGGACUGCCGCAACUUUUAUGAGAGCAAAAUAGGCAGAUUUCAAAAUUGCCUUGCUCCAGACAUCAGAAAAUUCAGCUACUUCCCAAAUUAUGUUGAUGAAAAUCUUGAACUGUUUAGAGAUAAAACUGUGCUGAUGUACUGUACUGGAGGAAUACGAUGUGAACGUGGCUCCGCCUAUCUCAGGUCAAAGGCUAUAUGCAAAGAGGUAUACCAGCUCAAGGGUGGUAUCCAUAAGUACCUGGAACAGUUUCCGGAUGGAUUUUUUCGGGGGAAGCUGUUUGUGUUUGAUGGACGCUAUACCAUAUCAUCAAACAAUGACAUCAUAUCAAGUUGCUGUUACUGUGGAGCUGCAUGGGACACGUACAAGCUGUGCACUACCCCACGCUGCUGUCAGCUGGUCUUGGCAUGCUCAGACUGUCAGAAUAAAGGGCUUACUGCCUGUUGCCCUACAUGUCAAAAUAAAGGCAACACAGUGAAUUCAAACUCAUGCCAGGAACUUUUCAAAGAAGAAUGUGAAUGCACCAAAAAGAGGCCUAAGAUACCAGUAGAACAAAUCGAAAUAUAAAUUUCCAGCUUGAUAAAAUAGGUCCAAGCUAAUCCAAUUUUUCUAUUUAAACAGAAGGAUGUGCCAUCAGAGUGAUCUGAGGGGAGCAAAUAGCCUAGUGCUGCAAUUCUUCCCUCUAACGCCUACCCACAAGAUAUGUUUCGUCUUCUCCACGAUCCCACUGUGUCUUAAUACUAUCACAGUCAGUGGCCUGCAAUAGAUAGAAAUGUUUAAUUUGUUUUCUUUUACUAGGGGUGUAUUAUGCUAUGCUAAAUAAUUUUAAAGAUUUAUAUGAUCUGUUUAGAAGAUGGUACCAUUUUAUUGAACACAACCAAUUUUAUUAGAUUUUAUUAUAACAAACUGGUGAGAUCUGCUAAAGAAUAACAUUAAAUUAGCAGGGACAGUCGUUCAUGUGUUUGCUUUUUUAUGUUAUUUCUGUCAAGAAACACUGACAUAUAUUUGCAAGAUCAUAAACAAAUAUGGUAUAACUGGCUAACUUUUAACUGACAACCUGCUUGCAAUGGACUUAAUUUCUUAUGAGAAUAAAUACAUUCUUCGACUACUUGAAAAACUGUUUACAAUGAAAGAAAAAAUGUUUACAAUAAAAAUAUGCUCACUGUUUGUACCUACACAGAGCCUAAACGGUGCCAAUUAAUUAUAUAUAGAUUUUUUUUCAUUUAUUGCUCUACUUUUUCCACAUGGAAAAGAAACAACCUUAACUGUUUCUGCUUCCCCCUUAGAGAGUGCUGUAUUCUCACAGGAAAUGACAAUCAUUGUUGGAAGGUUAUCUGACCAUAAAAAGAAGCGUUUCAAGAUGUAUGUUUCAUUUAAUAAUUCACACUUUAUCACAUUUUUUUUAUAAGUUGUCUUGCCAUCUGUCAGUGUUCCAUUAUAUGAUCUAGAUGAAGGCACAAAGCCAUAUCAUAUGAAAUAUUGCCUUCUCUGUAUGUAGGGAUCUUAAAUAAUAACUGUAUAUGUAUAAUUUUUCUUUGGGAAGUGCUAUUAGAAUAACUAUUAUUAUUAUAAUGCUACUAUAACAAUUAAUAAGAGUUACGGUAGAUCUCAGUGUUUUUCGCCAAUUAAAUUUGCAUGGGCGACAAAAAGUAUUCUGGAGCUAUACAAACCCAGCAUAUUUUCUAAACAAGAAAAAAAAGCUGCUUUUACAUUUUUCAACACUGAGAUCAGCAUAGUGAACUCACCCGGUGCCCACCUCAAAGUUUACUGGGAGAACUGCCCCUUUUUAUGUUCCUUUUACAAAGCAGCUUAAACUAAUUAAAUCAAAAGAACUUUACAGUGAAAAAUAAUUCUCCAGUUAUUUUAUUUUAUGAAACUGAUGCAUCAACAGUUUAAAAAUUUAAUUAGUGCCCAGAUUUAGCAAUAGAGCAUAGGUGAGGAAAAAACAACUUGCCAGACAUCUGUGUGCCUGUUCAGUUUACUAAGGUUACUGUGUAUUAUUUGAUAUACAUUUCACUGUGAAUACAAGAACAAUGCUUUUAAUUUGUGCCAAAGAAAUGAUAAGAAAAUGCUGUGUAAAGAAUAACAUUUCAGUAAUGUCUGAAGACAUAGAUUUAUAUAUGAGGCCACUGCACAGUAAUGUCAUUGACAAAUUAACAGACAACACAGACUUUCUUGCUAAAGGUAUCUUAUAUUACCUGCAAUGGGGGUUAAAUAUAAAUCUACUUGCAAAAUGUAAAACAUAACACACUUGUUUUAUUGUGCUCUGUUAAAGGGCCAUAAUACCCAAAUGUUUAAACACUUGAAAGUGAUGCAGCAUAGCUGUAAAAAGCUGACUAGAAAAUAUCACCUGAACAUCUCUAUGUAAAAAAGAAAGAUAUUUUACCUCAAAAGUUCCUCAGUAGCCACCUCCCAUUGUAAAGGAUUUUUGAAGCAGCAUUUUAGUGUGUCUGUCCUAGGACAGCUGAAAGGAUGAGCAUCGUGCACUCUCAUAGUAUUUCACCAAUCAGGUAAAGGAAGCUUACUAUGAAAUUUCAUGAGAGUUAAGUCAAAUCUCAUGAGAUCACAGUAAAAGAGUUCAUGACCUCAGCCCUGCUGAUGCUGAUUGGCUGCUGUUCAUUUCUUCAUUUUUUUUUAUUUUUACCUGCAGCUGGGAGCAGCUGAGUAUAACUUUUCACACAGAACUUACUCUGCUGAGCUGAGGAAAUUGUGAGGUAAAAUAUCUUCCUUUUUUACAUAGAGAUGCUCAGGUGAUAUUUUCCUGUCAGCUUUUUACAGUUAUACUGCAUCAGUUUCAAGUGAUUUAGCAUAUGAGUAUUAUGUCCCUUAAGUGCACAGCAUAUGCUUUAAUCACUUGUAUUUCCCUUUUAAGUGCUGAUUAGAAUCACAUUUUAAUAAUGCCUUUUCAAUAUAGGAUACACUCAUGUAAUAAGAAACCACAGAUAUUUAAUUAACAGCAAUUUAUGAUUUUCAAUAAUGAUAAAACCGUGAUAGUUUAGAGUAAAACAUAUCCAAAGUAUAACUUUUGUCUGUCUAGGGAGCUUCCUGUUUGCACUCUUUUUGCAGAGAGUAUGAUUUGUAAAAGUACUAUCCUUAUGAAAGUAGAUAAAUAGCGCAAAUUGUUAUUUUAUACAUCAUUAUUUUGUCAUAUGGAAUGCCCAAUAAAUUAAACUGUUAUGGAAUUUGACAAAAAUA